AUGGAACAUACCCAAAGGUACCGAGCAUAAUCGGAAGUAGUCCAUCGGAGCAGGUGUUUGCAGGAAAACAUGCACAAUGUCCGACUGCUUCGACCUUUCCCGCUGCGAAUUUUCGAAAAAGGUCUACAUUCAUCCGCUGGUUAAACCGUUCGACCAAACUCCGCAGUCGGUCACUUACGAAAAGAUUCUGAAACAUUUUCAGGAGAGGUAAACAAGCUGUGUCAAUCGCGCUCUACCGCAAUCUUUUUCAGUGACUAUUUCACUAACGAUCCGAACGAAGCGUGUCUCCUUCUUCUCGGAAUCGAUACGACUGAUCGGGACGUCCGAAGGUUUGCACAUUUGUAUUCAAAAAAAAGUGAAAGAAUCGGAAGAGUUUCAGUCAAAACUACGUGAAGAACGUCGACGAAUACAUCGGUUCGUUGGACCCGGCGGUGUGGAAUAAUGGGCGAAAUCAUCUCGUAUUCAACUUUUACCACGGCACUUUUCCCGAUUACGACGAUCACAAUUUGAACUUUAAUACGGGCGAAGCGAUGAUCGCGAGAGCGUCUUCGAGCGAAAAUGUGAGCAAUCCGAGCAAGUUCUAGAAAUGAGAAUAACUUCAGAAUUUUUUCAAAAGAUUCGACGUCUCGCUGCCUCUAUUCCAUGAGAAUCAUCCAUAUCAGAUUGAGUCAUCGCCGAAAAAGGUGAGAGAGAAAGAGGCGAAGGGAGGGAAGAGAUCGCAUUGAAAGAGCAGAAACAUCCGCAGAAAAAGUGUAUUCAUUUUUCCAUCUAGUAAAAAUAAAUUCCCAGGAGAACACCUUCAUUUAGCUUCUACCGGAGUUUCUAAUAACCGUUAAAACGUAUUCUUUUUAUGACCUCUGAAUGCUCGCUGUUUCCGUGGAGCGAACGCAAUGCAUAAAUUACGCGCUCUAUUUCCGCUGCCAUCCACCUAAUUCUGAAAAGUUGUGACGUCAGCGUCCCUAUUUCCGGAACCUCAUUCUCCCCUUUUCGUAGUCCUCGGGAUUUCUGUCCGCUCCUCAAAAGCCACGUCAUAAAAAGGCCUGAUGAGCACGUAAUUAACACCCUUGACGAGCAAAGAUGAUGACGAUUCGCGCAUCCGUCCAAACCGAACCCAUUUCCAAUUCCAUCUCUCUCCUUCUCGCACGCGCCGUCGUCUCCCGAAGACGCGACGACGGCACACAUACACGCAAGUACUUAUUGUCGACUCCUCCGCCGCGACUCCUCGACGAUGUGCCGAGCCGUUGUUCUCUUCUCGCUCGCUCUCCCCCUCCAUCUUCUGCUUCUGCUUCUUCUUCUUCGUCUUCUUCGUGCUCGGCUGCCGAGCAGCAGCGGCGCCCGCAACAGAAAUUUGAGCUUUUCGUCUGCGGCGCGCGGCGGGCUUCCUGGCGUCGUCGUUGUGCAUGCUGGAGCAGGCGUCAGCUCACAAGGAAGGGAAAGCGAGGAGAAGUGAAGUGGGCUAAUUCGGACGGGAGGAGAAAGAAGAAGAAAAAGAGGAGGACGUGGCUUUUUGCAGAUGACGAAGAAAGACGAACGACGGAGGUAUUUGGUCAGCUUCAAGGGUAAACGAUAUGUGUAUGGAAUCGGAUCAGGAACGAGGAAUCUAGUGCAUCAUCUGCAUAACGGAGAGGAUGUUGUGAUGGUGACCACAUGCAAGCAUAACAACGACUGGCAGGUAGGCAGGAAGACAAUUAGAGAGCACUGCGUCACAGAAUGCUUCUUCUUCUUGUAGGUGUAUCAGGACGAGCGGUGCCAACGAGACAACGACGAGUACGACCGCUGGGAAUACGACGAGCUGCUCGCCAACUCGACGUUCUGCCUGGUGCCACGUGGACGACGUCUCGGCUCGUUCCGGUUCGUCCGCCUUCUCUUUCUGCUCAUGGACAUGGCGGCGGCGUGUGCUCAUUCUCCCCAAAGAGCAACAUGAUUAGUGUUGGAGCGGCAGCUUCGGGAGAAGGGGUCCACGCCUUUUCUCGAAAACAAAACCACGAUGAUUAUAGCCGCGACUCGAGUCGUCCGUGCGGUAAUUGUGUGUGUGUGUGUGUGUGUGUGUGCAUACAGUCCAGUCCGCAUAUUAUUAGUAGUUGACCCUCUCGGCUCGUUCACUCGCCAUCUGCCCCCAUUCCUCCUCCGCUUCCUUCUGCUUCAUCCGUCGCACGGCUUUUGUACCCCUAGCAACGGAAGAUGAUUAUGAUGAGGGAUGGCGAUGGGGAAGGUGAGUAAACAUGCGCAGAGAGAGGGGGAAGGAUCAACGAUACAGCAGAUUAAGCGCGGCGUUUGGAAGGAUUCCCGUCCGGAAAGAGUACUUUUCUCUCUUCAGGUUCCUGGAAACUCUUCGUUCUGGAUGCAUCCCAGUCGUCAUCUCCGAUUCGUGGGUUCUUCCGUUCUCGGAGACCAUUGAUUGGCGCUCGGCAGCCAUUAUGGUCGCAGAGCGGGACGCGCUCUUGGUGAGUCUCGAGCCUUCCUUUCCCCUUCUUCUAGUUCGGACGAGACGACGGGCAACCACUCUUUCUUUCGUCCCGCGCCCCCAUCGGCGGCCCGGGGCUACGUUUAUCUCCUGCCUCUUUGGCUGGCUGGCUGCUGCGGCUGUCCCCUCCUUUUCCUCCCCGUCGUCGUCGUCGUCGCCAUCACCAUCAUGUUCUUGGUUGAUGUGGUACAAAGAAGAGGCGCCCAUUCUCUUUGCAGAUUCCAGAAUUGCUGAUGUCGACGAGCCGACAACGGGUGAAAGAACUGCGAGCGUCGGCCCGAGAUGUCUACGACGGGUACUUGAGAUCUAUUCAAGUGAUUAGUGACCAUGUCAUGAGGGUAUUUGAAGGGAACCUCGGAACGCCGGCAGAUGAUGCUUUAUUUCAGAUAGUCUUCAAACGGAUCGACGACCACUUCAGUCCCAAAUAA